AUGGUGACUACCAAUCCGCGCGCGGCCAAUGCAUGUGAAUCGUGCCGCCGACGGAAGGUGAAAUGCUCAGGGGAUCAGCCCUGUCGCAGCUGCGUUAGGCAUAACUGGGAAUGUGUGCCUGGCCAUGCCGGCCGUAGAAAGUAUUCUGAAGCGUAUGUCCUUCCUCCUCUUCUUUCCCAGACAAUGCGGUCUUUUCGUUGA